AUGGUCAACUCCGUUGCUAUUCUGGCUCUUGCCAGCCCGGCCUUCGCCGGUAUCAUGCAGGCUCGUGGCGAGCAGUUCGUCCGUCCCGCCGCUCAGAGCUCUGCCGCUGUCGCUGCCCCUGCCCACGCUGAGGGCUGGGGCGAGAGCUGGUCCAAGCCGGCCGAGCAUGUGUCGACUCACGACUCCUGGUCCAAGCCGACCGAGCAUGUGUCGACUCACGACUCCUGGAGCAAGUCCACUGAGUCGUGGACAACCCCGUGCACCACCUCGACCACCACCCCGGUGCACCACCACACCACCACCACCCCGGUGCACAGUGACACCACUACCCCGGUGCACAGCAACACCACCACCCCAUGCACCACCUUGACCACCCCGGUGCACACCACCACCCCGGUCCAGAGUAACAGCACCACCCCUUGCACCACCUCGACCACUCCGGUUCACGAGCACACCACCAAGCCUCACCACCCCGUGAAGCCUGGCACCACCAAGACGCUCACCUUUGUGACCACCACCUGCCCUGUCACCUCGUCUACUGUCACCUCUGGCUCUAAGACCUGGACUGUUCCCGUCACUGGAACAAGCACCAUCACCAUCACCAAGACCACUGUCUGCACCAUCCCGCCCCCCCACCCCACCGCAGGCCCCACCGCCCCUGUUCUGAAGCCCACCGGAGAUGUCGUGAUUCCUGAGAAGCCCCACCACUCCAAGCCCGUUGAGCCCAAGCCUGUCGAGACCAAGCCCGUUGAGCCUAAGCCUGUCGAGACCAAGCCUGCUGUCCCUGCUCACUCUGAGCCUGCUGUCCCCGCUCACUCUGAGCCUGCUGUCCCCGCCCACUCUCAGCCCGCUGUCCCCGCCCACUCUCAGCCCGCUGUUCCCGCUCAGUCGCAGCCCGCUGUUCCCGCCCAGUCGCAGCCCGCUGUCCCCGCCCAGUCGCAGCCCGCUGUCCCCGCUCAGUCGCAGCCCGCUGUCCCCGCUCAGUCGCAGCCCGCUGUCCCUGCCCAGUCGCAGCCCGCUGUUCCCGCUCAGUCGCAGCCCGCUGUCCCUGCCCAGUCGCAGCCCGCUGUUCCCGCUCAGUCGCAGCCCGCUGUCCCUGCCCACUCGCAGCCCGCUGUUCCCGCUCAGUCGCAGCCCGCUGUCCCUGCCCACUCGCAGCCCGCUGCCUCCAAGCCCGCUGCCUCCCAGCCCGCUGCUUCCAAGCCUGCUGAGAGCAAGCCCGCUGCCCCCAAGGAGACCCAGCCCGCUGCCCACCCCUCCGUCCCUGAGGCCCCCGAGGCUCCCUCCAAGCCUGAGGAGCCCGUCUCCCCCUCCUCCAACGAGUUCACCGGUGCUGCCUCCAACGUUAAGCCCGUUGCUGGCCUCCUCGCUGGUGUUGUUGGUCUCAUGGCUCUCCUGUAA